GAUUCUCGUGUUUCCGUUUAGUUCACGCGCGUCUGUGUGCUGCUUGCACGAUGAGUGCUGUGCGUGCCCCUUGGCCCAGUGCCACGCUGAUGGGACCCCCUGCAGGUGUCUGUGUGCCACGUGCCGGUGUCGGUCACACACGGUUGCACGCUGUCACACACACUCAUUGUCACACACGGUCCCGGGUUCGUGCUGUCUGAGAAGCUGCAGCUCUGCCCAGUCAGGGAGCCGGUGCAGCCUCAGACCCGCCCAGCAACCAAUAGCAGCAGAGAACGCGUGUGCUGGGGGGGCUGCAGGCAGACUGUGUUUACACCGACCCCUCCAGACUGAAGUGGGGAGACAGGCAGUGAGGCAGCGUCUGGGACACAGAGAGGAGAGGCAGAGCAGACAAAGGGAGCAGAAGCGUGAGCACCGGGAGGACAUUACCAGCUCUUGGGCACCAACUGGCACAGAGCCUCACACACCUGCACACUUACCCCUGACACUCAUCCAGCUACCCCCUGCUACCCUGUCUGUCCCUCCCCCUCCUUCAUUGCCUGGGGUUUUCUACCAUCCUCUUUCUACCCUGCUGCCCCCCACUGUAUCUUGCCCAGGCUGGUAUCAUUUUUGCCCUACUGGCACCUCCUGCCCAUCAGAAACAUACUGAAAUUGUCUGUCCUGUUGCCCCAUCUGUGCUCUGCUCCCUUGGUGCCCUGAUUUGCCCUUUGAGCCCACCACCUACCCCCCGGCGCUCGCUAACCUGUGUCUGGAGCUGGUGAGCACAGCAUGUUCCGAGUGUAGCUCAUCUGUCUCACAAGCUACACGAUGGUGCAACAGAAGACGGUGGUUGGCGCUCCAAAGUCAUCCGAUGCUGUCCCAGGAGGGCCAAGUUGGUGUAAGACCCCCAGCGGUCACAUAAAACGUCCGAUGAACGCCUUCAUGGUGUGGUCUCAGAUCGAACGGCGAAAACUGAUGUCUCUGUGUCCCAACAUGCACAACGCUGAGAUCUCUCGCAGUCUUGGCCAACGCUGGAAGUUACUGGAGGACACCGAUAAAAUUCCAUACGUGCGCGAGGCAGAGCGGCUCCGGCUCAAACACAUGGCUGACUACCCUAACUACAAAUACCGGCCCCGCAGACGCACCCGGGACCCAACGGCCAGGACCCGUGCCAGACUGCCUCGCGCCACCUCCAGAUGCCAGCCUGCUCCUUCGCCAUGCCAGUCGGAAGUGAAUUUGGGAACCAGCAUGCACUGGGGGGAGGCAAACCCCGGGUGGGGGGGGCACAGAGUUGGCCAAUCAGAAGAGACGCCGAAUCGGGAGUCAUCAGUACGCAGCCCCGAGGUGCCCCCCUACUCCCCUGCCCAGCCUGCCCAAGCCCACUCCUUGCCAUCGUCCCCAGAGCCAUUGGAGGAAGAAGAAGGUCUGGAAGAGAGUCUCCCUGGACUCUGCUCCGGGUCCCUGUGCGUCCCCUCGGACAGGGAGCUGCUCCCCCGCACCGGGUCCCAUUUCGAGUUUCCCGAUCACUGCACCCCAGAGGUGGUGGAAAUGAUCUCAGGGAACGGUCUUCUCGGCAGUGUGUCUGACCUUGUUUUCACCUACUGACCAAGACGAGACCCCCACAUGUCACGGAACAGCUCUGGCAGCAGGUAACACGGCGUGGACCUGUCUGCACUCCCCUCAGACUAAUAAGACGGGGUCACAGUGAAGCACUCUCUCUGCAGUCACUCCGAGGCAACUUUGCUGUUUGUUUGAGCUUCAGACUGUCUCUCAGAAGUCAGCACUCCUCAGGUGCUCCUCCACUGCUGUCUCUCUAGGCACUUUCACUGCUGUAAUCUCUCAGCGCACUCUCUGGCUGUCGGUCGGAGCUCUGUUACUCUUAUGCUAAUGAUAGCGCUCUCUCUCUGUCUCGUGCUCUCUCUGUGGCAGACACAUACCUACACACGUGAUGCAUGUCUCUGUGUCUGUUCACCCAAACCCAGAAUUUCUUGGGUCCGAUUUGUGAUUCUGGGGUCCAGUCGGACGCAGAAACCUCCGAGCCAGGAUCACAUGCAGCAGGUAAGAUCCGUACAUACGGUCCCAAUGCAUGCGCAUGUCUUAUUGCACGGCUUGCUGUCUGCCUCUCUCCUGCAAUACACCAAACUGCACCUUAUGUAACUCCGACCCCCACCCAGAAAUCCUCAGGACAAGCUGCAGUCUCUGUAUACAUCGCACACCUCAGGACUAAACCUCAGGACACCUCCCAGCAAAUAUUUCAGGGGCAACAACAUGUUAAAUAAAACCUCAGGACUAGACACUCGCUCCCCCACUUCACUCAAACCUCAGGAGCUCUCAGGAAGUCAGUGUGACCUCAGAUCCCUCCAUAUACCAACGGCUGACCUCAGAUCCCCCCGUAUACCAGCGGCUGACCUCAGAUCCCCCGUAUACCAGCGGCUGACCUCAGA